AUGGUCUCUGCCGUAUUGCUCAUCCAGAAGGCUACACCAGAAACCAUUACCCAGUUCCAUGACCAGCUUUCGAACGAGUUGCCUACUUUACGUGGCAAGUGGAACUUCAACUUCAAGAUCUUCAGAAACAAUCCCUACUCGAUUCCCCAGGAGUUGGCAGAAACAGCCACAGUAGCCCCAGAGUCCAAAUGGCUCUACACGUUAUCACCUUCAUAUUUAAGUGAUUCUUCUAUCAGUUUGAUAAACGGGAAGUCGGUGGGUGUGUUCACCAACUUGAUAAAGGAAGAGGCAGGCGAACACGGUCACAGCGUCGAAUUGAGUAUACCCAAUUCCCAUUUACACAAGGGAGCAACCACAGACUUGAACGAUCCGUUCGAUUUUUUCGUCGCUCAGAAGCUCCAAAGUUUAUGGACACAACGUCAGUUGAUAAGAGGUGACGGCGGGCGUAUUUAUGAGUUGGAAAACGGAAACUUGACUAUAAGAACAUCCAACGUCUUUUUACACGGUAACUUCAGAGGCUUAUUGGUGCAAAUAGAAAUCAACCAAAACUUAUGCAACGUUGAUGACGUCUCCAGUUUCGCUUCGACAUUUGAAACAAUAAGAAAUAAGUACGGAAUUCCAGCCGGGGACCUUUCCUGUGAGGUCUUGGACCCGAAGCGUCUCGAUACUUAUGCUGAUUUGAUCUAUCAGUACUCGAAGAUCCUCAACUUCUGA